UCGCGAAAGGGGGCGGACUCAAUCUCGCGUGAGGCCACUCCUACGCUACCCCACUCGUAGCGCGAUAUGUGAGUUCCACCCCUUUUGCAUCUCAUGCGCUGUGAUGAAGCGUUUACUCCCGGCGAACGGGUUUGCUCGAGAAGGGCAGAAGGAAGACUGAGGGAGAAAGAAGUCGGCGCCGCUGCGCCUCGCAUUGUCGUAACCUCUAGGGUAAUCAUAAAUUGUGCAUGUUGAAAUACUCUAUGAGAUCUCUUCUUCCUCAACAAAAGGAAAAAUCUUUUCCCUCUGCUAAGAAAUACAAAGUUUAUGAUUAGGUGAAUUUUCUCUGAAGUAAAAUUUCGUCGACAUUUUUUAUCAAAUCUCUUACAUAUCCACAUGAAAAGUUUAUUAUACAAGUUACAUAUUUUAAAAGCAAAAAAAACCCAAAUUUGAAUACAUCUCUCUAUAGCAAUGUUUUCCAUUACCACAUCAUUCUAGGAUCAGAAAACAUAUAAAGAAUAGAAUCAUUAUUUAGAUAUACAUAAGAUAUUCCGAAAUACAGUUAAAUAAGUAUAUUAUAAUAAUGAUGUGCGAGCUUUCUGCCUAACUUAAUAAUUUUCAUCAAUAAAAAAGAUAAGAAUAGUGACACAUCCUUCUUCGAUAUCAUUGCUGUCAUGUAGUGUCAUAAAUUUUUUGUGACACACUACAUGAUAGCAAGUACAUCAAACUUCUCAAACGAAAUUCCUUAUAUUUUCACAGGCUCAUGCAAUUUUUAUUUUCUUGCAAAGAGACAACACAUAAAACAAAAAAAGAAUAAUUCUUUUUUCUGUUCAAUGUAAUGUUUAAGCCUUUCACCCCUUCAUCACAGUUGUGUUUUGCUCAAAAACGACGUGGAAGUGAAGUGGAAGGGAGAGACGAACUCCGAGCCAACCAAGAAAGAGAGAGAGAGAGAGAAAGAGAGACCGUAGAACGACCAUCCGAUAUCCCGUCAUAAAGAGAAACCGGUUUCGUCACAACGUAGACGGAAACCGUCGCUCUCCGAUCAGAAAUUCCUGAUGCGAUGCCCCGGUGUUUCGAUGAUGGAAUCCGCGAAAACAUCGCUUGCGUUCCGCUUGACCCGCGCCAUCAUCAUCAUCAUCGUUGUUCAAGCUGCCGCCUUAUUCUGCGGUGCGAUUAAGCCGAGUGUUUACAGGGAAAACCGACCAACGGAAUGCAGAAAAACACGUCGACAAAGUGAGCUGUCGACGCUGCGGCGCUUGUGCACGGGAUGCACUCCUAGAAAUGUGGAGACUGCACAUGUAAGUCUACGAAGCGGUUCUUCCAGAGCAGCUCUUCACAGACCGCGACUCGCAGAAUCGCGGUCGUCGUGUUCUCUCGGUCGCACGCCAAGCGUAAAGAGCACAGCAAAUAUCACCCGUGGAUUCCGCCCGCACUUCCUGCUAUAUUAAAUCUCGAGCGAAUCGUGAGUCCCGUGGGGAAAUUGCCACGGGACACGCACGCGGUCGUCCAUCUCUCGGCGUGUCAGUGCAUCGAAACGACUCGGAUCACGAAGUCCGCGAGAGAAAUACGGGAUUAUGUGGGUAUGUGGGACUCACUGAGCUUGCGAAUCCCUUCGCCUCUCAGUUGCAGUCUCCCAUGCCACCUGUAAUCGCGAUUAGUUCUCUAUGGCCCGAUGCGGUUCCGCGUUAUCUGUAUCGCGCGAUUAAUUAGCGCAAAUUUAAGAAGUUACGUGCCGUAUAUUUGUUUCCUUUCCUGUAAGCGUCGAGAUUCCAUCUCGAGGAUGCAAAAGUCGAGAUAAAGGAUGUGUAGGCGGGAAUACGUAGACAUUAUCUGUUUUAUAUAUAUUUGUUAUAAUUUAACAUGCUAUGAGCACGUUAUCUAUUAUAGUGUAUUUCUGUUACAAUAUUUAUGGUAAUUUCGGAUUAUAUCUGAAACUUUAUUUAUCAAGUAUUAUUUAUUAUAUUUAAGA